GUUUGUGAUUUAAUACUCUGAAAAGGAGCCCGUUCAAUAGACUGAUGGGGCCUUAGGGGAAAAAACACCUCCAAGAAGCAUGAAUCAGAAGAUCAGGAUCCUGGACAGCGCGCUGGAGGUUCUAGAUGGUUAAUGUUACUGUGCAAAUAGUUACAGGUAAGAGGGUCAAAGGACACCAGACCAGCUGUGAUGUCAGAGGAGGGUUCCCUCUCCUGGGUUAGAUCUUGAACGUCAGUCUUUAGAAGUGGCCUGAGGCGGAACCGCAGAGCUUCUUGUAGCUCCGAGACCGAGCCGACGAUUCUCGCCGAAGUUUCCCGAUCGCAGCCGUGAUCGAAACCUCCACACACCCGACAUCAAUCGAAAUCUUCAUCUUUAUCCCGAUUUCCUCCUCGGUUGAAGUCUGCCGUGUUCAGGUUGGGGGAGGUGGGGUGGACGACAUUCAUGAAAUAAAGAAAAAAGCGGUUUCCAUUUGUCCUGAGCCCCUCCCAGCCCUCUGACUAACGGAUCCGAGGCUUUUAUAAAGAGAGAGGCAGAGCAAGAUGAAAGCUAUCGAAGCUGCAGUACUUAGCGCCGUGUUCUGCACCGUUGUGUCAGCAUCUUCCAAAGUCAAAGAGGAAAGCAGGACGGCCUUCUUUGGCGAGGACGUCCAUAUUGAAGUCUCGUCCUGGACCGACUCAGACGUGGUGUUCAAACCCAGGACCAACACGUCCUACGAGGUGCCUCUAGUUCGGGCGGGCCAGGUGAUGAACCAGAACAAGACCAAGCUGAUCUCUCAGGACUACCUGGUGCUGAAGGAUGUGCAGGAGGAGGAUGAAGGCCUGUACAUCAUCAGAAGCAGCAGCAACUCCAGCAUGGCCAAACACCUCAUCCUCACUGUGAGGGAGUGCGCCUUGGAGAAGAUGGUAAAAUAUGGAGAAACGUACAUCAUCCAUCUGGACCACAUCCAAGGUCCCAUCACACUGGCGUUCAGGCCCAGUCUGGUCAGAGUCAAUCAGACGGUUGUCCUGCACACCUCUGAGCAUCCAACUGUGGUCCUCUACAACAAGACCACGGUGUUGGGAGAAGACUACGUGGGCCGCCUCAGCGUGUCGGAGAAGCAGGUGAUACUGCACUCGGUCAGGAUGACGGAUGAAGGAAGCUUCACCGUUCUGGACCGAGAUGGUCACACCAAGAUCAGGAGAUGUCUGAAUGUCAGAGAUCACCUGAGAUUUGUGCAUUUAUCCUACGGAGAGAACCUGAGGAUGAAGCUCUUCCUGCACUACUCCAACCUCAACGUCAUCUACAGGUCCAAACAGGACAACCAGGACCAAGUCAUAGUGAACCAGGGCGUUCUGGUAACUCCGCUGGACCCUCAGCUGGAGGGACGGCUUACUGUGGAGGGUUCGGAGCUCGUCAUGAAGGCGAUACAUGUGACCGAUAAGGGUGUCUUCAAGGUGACAGACCUGGCUGGCUUCUCUGUGGCUCACGUUUACCUAGACGUGGAAGCCUACAAGCUGCCCCCUCUGGCUGUCGCUAUCCUGUCCAUGGUGGGCCUGCUCGCCUUCAUGCUGUUGGUGUGUCUGCUCUCCUGUGUCUAUAAAAUACAUAAAAGAAACGAGAAGAACAAGAAGCUGAUGCUCAUUGCUCAGCAGGCCGGCAAGAAAGACGGAGAAGCUUUCAGACAGGUGGUCCAUGAAGCUUACAGCAGGUUCACAGAGGAGUCCCUGAUGCAGUCAGUGUGUGAGAAACCCUCAGAGAUCACUGAGGUCACCAUCAAGGGCCUCGAGGUGUCCAAACCAGGCCACUACCAGAAUCUCCUCUCAGACAACUUUCUGGAAAUGAGUGACUCUGGAGUUGAGUUGACCCACUCUGUCCUCCCCCUGGACAGUGACACUGAUACCGUGAUGACCUACGCCUCCCACAAGCCCCUCCUGAAUGCUGCGUCCCCACUGGCUGUGACGGAGGGAGUGUACUCCAACAGCCUGGAAGCCACCGCGGCCCUUGACGGAGACCUCAGCGCCAUCCGAACCCCUGACUCUGUCAUGAGCGCCAGCCCCGCCUCCAACCCUCGCUCAGCUACAGCAGCCACCCCUGAUGGAAGCAUGCAAGGUGCCGUGUCCCCAGCGACGGCCUCCAGGGGCGCCACAGAGUCCGACUAAGCUAAAACAGAGGGCAGGGUGGAAGGAGAAGAAGAUGGUCAGAAGGAGUACUGAGCAAGUACUUGGGUGUUUCUGGAACCUUUUAUUAUCUAAACAUGGACAGAUCCUUCAUCCCUACAUCUGAAACAUCACAGAUAAAAUAUAACAAGGAUGGAUGUAGAUGUGCUGGAUAUAAAUGAAAUGCACAACUUAGAUGUUAAAUUCACUCUGCGCAGAAAAAAGGAAAAGCAAAACAAUAACCUCACUGUCUAUUAAUGAACAAAACAAUCCAGUGCAUAAAAAUGCAUGCAGUUCUGGUAAACAUAAAAAAAGAUAUUUUAGAUCAGAUCUAGAGGUUAAAGUAGACUUUAUGCAUGCUUUAACAAAUGAAACACUCCCUGCACUUAAAUCAUAUCAAAUCAUUUGAAUUCCUGUCAAAUCUGUUUCAAGGAAUCAGAGCCACGCUCCUAACAGUAAAGAGCAUCUCGCCUUUGAGUUGGAUCCUAGCGUGUUUCCUCUAACAGCUCUUUUUUUGUUUUGUUUUACAAAAUCACAGCGAAGAUUGCAUUUCAAUCCGCUCCUUAACAGUACAAGCAUGUCUGAAAACAUCCCCGCAUCUCGGAUGAAACUGCUUGUUUCAGCAUUCACUCAGCGGAAUGAGCUACUUGAGGUGUUAUAUCCCAAAAAAAAUAAAACACCCUGCAAGAUGAAACUGGUUCAAGUAGACUGAGCGACAAUACCUUUCUGAAGCAGAUGCUGCAACAUUUGAACGAUUUGUCUGAGGAAACUUGUCAAAACGUCCACUUUAUCUCACCCUGUCAAAAAGUAUCCCCAUCUCUGUUUUUGUUUUCUGCUUCUAGUGGAGUUAUCAUUCACCCAGUUCCAGGAAAGGAAAACUCAAAUUUUUUGUGACUUUCUGAGCAGCUCUUGAGAACAUAAUUGGAUUCCUGGUCUCUUUGCAGACAAACCAAUUCACGGAUGUCGUCGCAUUAGGACUGGUGAUAAAAGAGAUGAAAGAGGCGGGAAAAGGGUACGAUUCUGGGAACAGAUGAAUGACAUCCAUGAUUCAAAGCCUAUUUUCAUCUCAGCCCAGAAUCCACCUCACAGAGCUCCCAUUAUUGUAGCCCAGUUGUUUGGCAAAAUGAAGUGAAUGGAAAGAUAAAGUUGGAUCAGGGUGUGAUAAUGAUCGAGCCUUCGGCUUCAGUAAAAUGAUUGGCUAUCAGAGACGUUUGUGUGUGGAGGAGAGAGGCGGUGGAGCUUCAUACGAUCAAACAAUGGAUAGAGACAUGAGUCUUUUUGGCACGCUGCCUCCUUAGGUAAAAACUUGGAAAUAAGGGUGAACUUAUUAUCAGUGACCUAAAAAUAAUGAUUACAAAUACUAGUCCUUUUUUAGGGAAGCCAAUCCCAACACAUAUUUGGAAUAAAACACAUUAAAAGUAACAAUAUUUCAAAGGUUUCUCACACAGUUUCAAAUAAACCAAUGUAAACCUUAAAAGUUUAAAAAAUAAUACAGCAAAUUUCUUUAUUUUCUCACAGCUCUAUAAGUGUGGACAACCUCUGUACAUUCAUUUUCUUUCUUUUUACAAAAAGUGAAUUAUCUGAUGUUUUGGUAACAAGAAACAAGAAAGGAGAUUUGAAACAUUUUGGAGAUAUUUUGAGAGAAAAACUGUUCAGUGAGUAAAAUUUCCAAGAAAAGAUUUUGCAUUUUGUCUAAACAACAUUAAAAUGUGGCUGGAAUGUUGAAGGUAAAAAUACAUCUACAGAAAGAUGUCUAUUGAUGUCUAAUUGUUGUUGAAAAAUGUAUCAAAUUGACUUAACACAUUUUUCAGCGUUCGACAUCAACAUGGUUGAAUAGACUAAAAAAGUAAAAUUUUCAAUAUGUUUUUGAAAUAUCCAUUAAAGGUGUCUAUGGACAUCCAGUGUUUGGAACAUGUGGUUCAUCUUUACUCCGAAUUUGAAAACUUGGAAAAACUACUUUAAGUAUAAAAUCCAACUCUAAAUGUUUGAGAUUUCCUACCAACUUUGAUCACAAAAUCCAAUAUUCCUGCCGUGUUAAAAACACAUAGUGAAAUUAUUAAACUAUUAUUCUUUACUUGUAUCACAAUAACUCAGCCAUGUACAUAUAGUAUAACACAACAUCUAUCUGUGAACGUGAAUAGGAUUUAAAUACAUAAAAUACUAAAAUACAUCAUAGUUUGUAUGUUUUGCUAAUAGUACUUUGCAUGGUCACUGAAUUUAACAAUUAGAUUAUCACUUGCAAAUGAAGCCUGGUUAGGUUUGGUGUGAUUUCUGGAUCUAAUGGCUUUAUCUGUACCUGGUUUAAAGUUUGAAGUUUGAUUUCCAGCUUAAAAAGCUGGAGGUCAACGGCUAAUCCCCUUUUCUAAUUCAACAUGGCUGCUGUGCGUAAGACUCAGUGAUGCCUUUCUUUCUUAUCCCUUUUGAUGUUUUAUGUGUCAUUAAGUAGCACGCAUACUACAGAUGUUGUGAAAAUAUUCCUUUAGUGUUUAAAUUGAUAAAGUCUGACAUGUACAUUGUCAGCUUGUGAUGCUAAAACUAGUUAACACAGUCCUAACGAUUAGCUAAUCCCACAACUAGAACUAGCUGGAUGUGAUAUCAUUCCCAGAUUUUAUGGAACGAUUCGUCUUAAACUGAAAGCCAGAACUCCCGACUUCCAAGUUAGAAAAAUCAAAAAACACCACUAGAUAUCUAAGAUCAAACUUGAAAUGUUGGGGAUCCCUGGCAAAUUUAAUAUGGCUGCCACAUAAAGAAUAGUGCUAGCUACAGUAAUAAACGGUUUAGCACUUCUGACAGUUUGUAUCUGAAUAAUUGGUCCACCUAUCUUACUUGGUGUUUAAACAUGUGUAAAUGCAAAGAUUUGCAUUGUUUUGGCUUGUAUUGAUCAUAGUAAGCUCCUUGCUCACUGACCAUGACGAUUAGCAACUCCCACUGGUUCUUAUCUUGCAACUAGAACUUGCUAAACUUGGAAGUGGUGUCAAAUCCAAAUCCAAAUUCCAGCAUCUGAUAAAAAGGAAGCAGCCCAAGCUCUCACACACUUAAAUCUGCUUUUGAUUAAUUAGCUUCCCUUUCUCACUGUGAAAGAAGCUAAUUCAGGUCACAGGAAACUAAUUUCCACAUCUAAACUCCAUCCUCUCCUCCACACGUCCAGUUUCUGAGCAGUUUGUUUUUUAGGAAGCAUCAUGGCACCAUCGAUCCCAUUUUCUGACACACACUGACCUCAACAGGGCUUUUGGGUCCCAACAGUCCUGUUUAUAUGUCAGUGUUACUGUUCCCAUUGGCAUCUGUUAGCAGUAUGGCUACCUCACGCUGUCACUGAACUGAUGUCAGCCUGGAGAGAUUGCACGAUUUAACUAAAAGCAACAACAUGGGAAGUUUUAUUAUCAGAAGAGAAAAGCACAAAUUUAGCAUGUGACUGUUUUUAAAUAUGAAUAAGGUUCACAUUUCUAUUCAUCAGGGUAAAAAAUACAAAGCAGCUAUUGCAAAUACAGUUAAUGAUCUGCAGUAAAUGACUAGUUCCCUUAUUCGGGAAUAUUUGAUUGAAUCAUACAGCAUUGUGUGUAAAAAGACUUGCAUAUCCAACUCAAAUGAGAAAAUUAUCCAUUUGAAGCCAGUUUUAUGACUGAAUGCUUAAAACCCACACUGGUGAUUGAAGCACGUCCGAAAUGGACUCUGCAGAUCUGUAAAUAUCAGCUUGAUGUAAAUGAACUAUGAUAGAUCAAUUUGGUGGGCUAAUAGCAGGAUAGCCACUGAAUAUUUAAUAUAAUCUAAUGCAUUAUAAAUGACAAAGGCACUAAAACACCACGAACACCAUCCUUCUGAAGGAAAAACCACACAUAGCACAUCAGAACACAAGCCUACCACUAGUUGUCUGUUUUCAAUACUGUAAAUAUGAAAAUAUGUGAUCUGCAUGUGUAUAAUCUUAGAAUAAUUAUAUGUUUCUUACUACAAGGCUUAUGCAAGAUUUUUUACUGCUUUGAUUCUUAAACCACAUAUCCACAGUAGGUAGAAAACUUUGCCUAUAGCUGGGAAUCCUUCGUGUUUACAUGUUUGAGUCUCAUUGAUGCUUCAUGAAAUACUUUCAUCAAAGUUGGCCUCAGCAGGAGGUGAGCUGUCGGUAAGCGCAGGGCGUGCUGACACAUCAGAGGUGCUGAUGGUUUAAGCAACUUCAGUCAGAUUAAUCUUUUCAUAGGAUCUCAUCUGCUUUAGAAGAAAAAUAUCCUCUUUAAUUUGGUUCUGUUAUUGUAAGCAGGCAGAGGGUUGAGUGUAAACACUUUUUUCAAAUCCAGCUAGCUUUUAGUCACAUUUAUGUUUUACACCAACAAGGUCUAAUGCUGUAAAGGAACAUGAAUUUGUCAUGUUAAUACACAGAAACUGCAGAUAUCAUGUUUUCUCAUGUAUUCCUUUAGUGUUUUCUUAUGCCUGGAGAUGAUUUGGUCUUUUUCACCAAACAAUUAUUAAACAUACGCCUAACAGACCCUAACAAAUGAGUGUUAAACCCCCCAAAAUUAAUCCCCUGCCUGAAUCUGAAGUUUUCUUUAAAACGUAAAUUAUGUCGCACCUUAGAAAUGAUGAGCUUUUCAGAGGCCAGCAUAAUAAAUUGAAUUUAAAUAAUCUUUAAAAUGCCUUUAAUGUUUCUGCCUAAACACACUUCAAAAGCAUUAAAUGCAGAAUGCAACAAGGUAGUAAGGUUCAUCUUUAGCAGUAAAGAGAGCUGCAGGAUUUCUUCAGGUCCCUCAAGCCGACUGCUGGCAACAAACGAUUUUUUCAACCACGCCACUGUGCAUGAGCAUAUGGUGACUUUUGGCUGCUGCAACCUGAAAAACUAGUAUGAGCCAAAACCAGUGGCAUGUUUCUAAUGUAGAUCUGAAAAUUAUGCAGAACCCUGAAGCUAAGUGCUCUUGUAAAUUGGAUGUCAUGUAACCACUAGAGGGAGCUCUCAGAAAGUCAGAUUUUGUCUAAAGAGGGUUUUAAAACAGGCGUAAAACUCUUCUGUAAAACAUUUUCCCACCACUUAAAAGGCAAGUUUUCAGAGUAGCAGAAAUGCACAGAUCAGGAAUAAUAUUAUGACCACUGACAGAUGAAGUGAACAACACUGAUUCUUGAUGAUUACACCUGCUAGUGUGUUGGAUCUUUUAGUUAUUGCUGGUUCUGAUGUCUGAAUGCACAGUGCAUAUGGGUCUGCAUAGCUGCAGACUAGUUAGGGUGCCAGUCCUUACACCUGUCCACUGCCAAAAGAACCAACAAUGGCCAUGUGAGCAUAGGUAUUGGACCACAGAACAAUGGAUGGAGGUGUUCGGGUCUCAUAAAUCGUGUUUCAUUUUUCUGCUAACCUGGGGAACACAUGGCACCAGGAUGCACUAAGAAAAAAUGGGAAGCUAGCAGAGGUAGUCUGAUGGUUUGGUUAAGAGGCAUUUGGGGAGAUAAACAAUGAGUUCAGGCAUUGGAAUCUGUAGUAUGUGCUGGACAAUGAAGUCCACUCCACGGAGGCCCACCCUCACAACUUCCACAUGUCAUGGCAACAGCUGGAGGACCAGCAAACCAUUUGAUCACAAUAGUAUGCCUGGUAGGUGUUCAUUUGUUUCUGCGAAAUUUGUCAUUAGCUGACAUUUUAGUCUUUGUGCUUGUUUAUGUUUUUUACAAAGGUAAAACGACUGAGUAAAGUGUCAAACCUUCAAAUUAUAUGGCAAGCAAUGACACACAAAUAUAAAACAUGCACAGUAACAGUAGCAUGGGGGCUAUUAAGCAACAUCAUACGGCUUAUUUUUAUCUUAUUAAGGUCCGUUAAAGGCUUUAAACGGCACCUUGCUUUGCUCUCAGCGACCCCUUUCAUUGUGUGGGACAAUAGCACCUUUCUAGACAUGGAUGUGCAUGUUUUUGUUGCAGGGCUGAUAACUAAUUUCCAAAAAUUUCACACUAUGCAUCCAGAUGCUGUUACUUUUCUUCAAGCACACAUAAAACAGAAAAUUGAGCAACAAGAGACAUUGAAACGUGCAGAAAAGCAGCAACCUGUUCUUAAUACAGAAAACAUCCCUAAUCAAGAGAGAUGACAUUUCCUUCUGGAUUUUUUUGGUUGGGCACAAACCUCCAGAACAUAUGUAUAAAAUGAAAAUUAGCAUAUAGUGAAAGUUACAUAAAAACAUGACUGUAAUUGGGUUUUCUCAAACAAAAACGGGUUUUAAUCAGGGACAACAGGAAUCAGUUAUCUGAAGACAUACAGCUUUCCCUCAAUCUGUCUCUGUGAUUUGCAUCUCCCUCCAAUGCCCCAUGUGUGCAGAUUCAUGCCCUGUGUGCAUGUACUGACAGAUUGGGUUGAAUGAAAGAUCUACAAACUGCUGGUUUCAUUCUCCUCUUCUUCACAGUCCAAAGGCUGCUGGAGCUGAUAAUAACUUUGGAAAGUGCCAAACUUUUUCCAACAUGUCAUCCUUUUGAAAGUAAAAAUGAAACAUUUAAUCAUUGAUAAAAAUAAAAAAAAUAGAUACUCAUUCCGAAGCCAGUUUAAUGCUGUAUGAGGUGAACGGACAUGAGAUUCAUCGAGCUUACUGGGAAAAUGACUAUAAGUUCAGGCAAUCAUAGCUGAUGGUGGCUUUAUGAAAGGAUUUCACUUUGUGUCAUUCACCCUUGCUCUCGUGUUUUCUGUUUCAUUACACGUCUGAGCUGCAUUUCAGAAAGCUCCUCGGAGCAGAAGUGCUGAUCCAUGCUCCGGCAGAGGAAGAUUUAAUAAAAUGUCCUUUCAGCCCUGAUUCCCUCUAAUAUUCUGAAGGAAAUAAUAAAAAAAUGGGAAUCAAUGUCUGCAGCGUGUGGUAGUUUGCUAAUACCUAUAAACCCAACAAAAACGGGAAGAGUGAUUAUACUCUGAGAUCAGCUACUUUCCUUUCACUUGAGCUUGAAUCAACAGCCUUUUUGAUUCAUGACAGAUAAUUGGAGAAACUAAUUGCGAGCCGCUUAUCUUUGUGGCAGUAAGCUCAUUCUGGAGCAAAGUGUUUUCUAGUAAUUACAUUUUCCGAGUAAUGAACACAUAAAGUGACGGCACACCUCCUCGGAGCUCCUCCUGAUGGAUCCCUCGGCUUGAAACUUGUUUCUAACUUCAUCUUCAUCCUCCCAGCACCAGAGAAUGUUUUUAUACUACAAAAUAAAACCUGAAAUUAUUUUGAUAUAUUUUGUUUAAAGCAAUGAUGUCAUCCCAGUAUAAAGAAAAAUCACCACACGUUUUAAUAAAUGAACAUUUCAGAGUUUUUGUAGCAUUGCAUUUAGACUCUAGCUGUGUUUAAUAUUCCUAAUAUUAUAAGCUAAACCUGCUGUCCUGUGUGUAUGUAAGAGUUAGUGUAGCUGCAGCAUGCUGGCCUGUAGAUUGCUUGUUGGACGACAGGCCUGAAAGCAAAUAAUGAUCACAUGAAAUGCAUCUUUUUUACUAUGACUGAUCCUGAUCUCUGGUUUCCUAUGAGCCUCCUGAAGCUGAUAAUCACCUUAUCACUGCUGGGACUAAAAAUGAAAGUGGAGGAUUUUAUUUCUCAUUUUGCAUAAAGUAGAUAUUGAAGUGCAUUUUUGGUUUUAAAAAAUUUUCUGUCUAUUUACUGGUGUGCAAGCUGAAAUGAAUAAUAAUUAUAUGAAAUCUGAAGACAGAAGGCCUCCUGUCAUCUUUGUUUUUGUGCUUUUUCUAUUUUGUUUUGUUGCCUGGGUUAAAACUACGCAUAUAAGUGGAAAACAUUUGGAAAACGCCUUUCAAAAACCACCCUGCCUCGAUGGUUUUAUCAAUUUUUAUUUCUCUCAGUUAUUGUCCCUUUCUGUUUCUGCCUGUUUUAAUGUAUUAUUUUAUUAUGCAGCAGUUUGGGUUUACUCCACAGUUUCAUUAAAUGAGAAGCAUGUCAGUUUUGACCUUCAGAGUAAAACUAGAAGCUAGCAGGCAGUCUUAUUUAUAGAAACCUGAACGGAUAUUACUGACUACUACAAAAGACGUUUUAAUGAUUUUUCUAAAUUUAAGAUUGCAAACCAGUGGCAGUUUUCUGUUAUGGGCCAUAUCGGCAGUUGCCCAGGGUGGCUUUAGAAAGGGGUCCUCAAGAGCACCAGAUAAAAAAAAAAAUUAACUUGUCAAUCCGUAAUAUGUCCUUAAUGUCCAGGAAAUUUUAUCAGCACAGAUAGUUUGUUGUGAAUCAAGUACAAUGCAAUACAUCUGACAAAUGUAAUGUACUUCACAAUUUGUUUCAAAGCAUUAUUGUUAUUAACACAGACAUAUCAACACUCUCGUGACACAUCUGCAACCUGCUGCAUAGACGGCACCCUCACACCUAUUAACACCUUUGAUAAAGACUAAAUUAAUCUUCCAUUGCAGAAGCAUAUUCUGACACAAAAAUGUAGAAAAUCCUUUAUUCUGAAAAUAUUUAUUCAGUAUUCAAAUCUUAAACACAAUCACUGACAUAAUCACAGUUUUUCACCCUUCUACUGUCAAUACUUUAUAAAAACCCCUUCUGCCAAUAGGAGAGCACUUAGUCUUCUACUAUAAUGUUUGACAAGGCUGUGGCAUAUAGACAUAAGGAUAAGGAUCACAAUCUCUCUAAAUCAUCCACAGUCCUGGGUCCUCCCUUAUUUUCCUCUCUCUUCAGCUCAGCCCAGGAUUUAUGGUCUGGGGACCUAAGAUGGUCAUGGAGGAAGGUUGAUUUUGUGUCUGGUGAAUCAUUUCAGAGAUGACGGGAAGGAAAUUUUUCUUAAACUUUUUCAAAUUCAGUUGAUUGCGUUGACUUUAAUUAUUUGGGGGAAGUCCAAAUGAUCUCUUUUCUUUGGCUGAUGCCUUGAGAUGUUUCUUCAGUAUUUGCACUCAAUGUUUCUUUCUCACAAAGCCCUCUAUUACUCAAAGUGCACCAGUUCAUCCUGAAACAAAACACCCCCACAGCAUGAUGCUUAAAAACAUCCCCAAAGAUCUCUCUCUCAUACCCUGGCAGUGAGCAAAUAGAAGUUGUUUAGUUGUCUAACUGACAUGAAACAGGAAAUGUUUACACACAGUGUAUGUAAAUAUGUGGUUCUAGCUCUAACAGUGAGCAUUUUCAUUUCUUGUACAACUGGCCCACCUGGAGUGUUUGUUACCAAAAUUUUGAAUCUACACAUAUUUACAUUUAUGAUGGUAGGACAGAAAAUGCUUUUUCCUGGCAUCAAACAAGGCCUGGUCAUGUAGAGGCCGUCUGGUGGUUGUCAUGGAGACAUGGUGACAUCAAUAUGGCACUCUGUGUAUCAGCUCUUUACCAGUGAACUUUGGAGAUAUUGUUCUUCCUUUGCUUCUCUAGAAGAAACGGUCCUCCAGCCUUGUGGCCAGUAGCUAAAUGAAUUUGGCAUUUGCAUCAUAUUUAUUUCCACGUUUACUGCCCAGGGAAGCAGAAUGUUAUGAAAAAUCCCAGACAUGAUGAUCCAUCUUAUAGAAUAAUAUAUGAAUUUAGAUUUAAUGCUUCAGUGGCAUUUAUGUAGGACAACAUGAUUUGAUAGGGGUACAAUAUAGCAAAAGGUUAUUUUGCUAAAAGAGAUUUUUCUGAAUAUGGAAUAAGUCAUCUCAAAUUAAUGGUUGUUUUGUUUUAUACGUUUGCAGUGUAAGAUGAUACUGCAGUAAAAUAACAACUUAUUUUUACACAUCUUUUCCAGAGGUGUCAAUGAUUGAUAUGUCCAGGUAUUUUAAAAAUCUUUUUAGAUGUCUCCAAACAGACUACAACACAUAUAAAGUUUAGAUUCCAGAGGUUUAUUUAUGCAUUAUUUUUGGUCAUGUUGCUGUAUUUUUAAAUGCAAGUCUUGUUCAUCCUGUUGCUUUUAUUCUUGUUUAAAACAAAUGAAAGCUUCAAACCCAAGUGUUUAUUUCUCUUUUUUCUGUUCCCACAGAUGGUAUUUAAUGACUUUAACAAUACUCCAGGGUCCUUCCUUGUGCAGGCAUUGAUUGCUUGUAGAAUAAAUUACUUAUAUUUAUACAGCAUGAGACGUUUCGGGCAUCCUGCACAGAUUUGUAUAAAGCUUUAUUUUCUGUGAUGUAUAAAUAAAACCAAUUAAAUAAAAUUUUAACCAAAACCAAA